AUGGGCUCCUCAAGCAUCUUGCGGGGCUUGACUCCAAGUAACAAGUUCCCUCGAACUUUGAGACAAUACAGAAGGCAAUUCUCCUCGACAAGACCAGCAGCCCGAAUCAUUGCCAACCAGCCCCUACGAGCUAAAGAAGCCUCGCCUUUUGUCUCUCAGAAAUACCCUGUGAUUGACCACGAAUAUGAUGCGGUAGUUGUGGGCGCUGGCGGCGCAGGAUUGAGAGCAGCUUUCGGACUUGCGGAAGCAGGCUUCAAUACUGCGUGCAUAUCCAAAUUGUUUCCUACGCGAAGUCACACGGUGGCGGCACAGGGGGGGAUCAAUGCUGCCCUUGGAAAUAUGCACCCCGACGACUGGAGAUGGCACAUGUACGAUACCGUCAAAGGAUCGGAUUGGCUGGGUGACCAGGAUGCCAUCCAUUACAUGACUCGCGAAGCCCCUCGAUCCGUCAUCGAACUCGAAGGCUAUGGAUGCCCAUUCUCCCGAACAGAAGAUGGUCGAAUAUAUCAGAGAGCGUUUGGCGGUCAGUCGCAAAAGUACGGAAAGGGGGGACAAGCCUACAGAUGCUGUGCGGCGGCCGACAGAACCGGUCACGCCCUCCUCCACACAUUAUACGGUCAAUCCUUGAAUUACAACACCAAUUAUUUUAUCGAAUACUUUGCGUUGGAUUUAAUCAUGGAAGACGGUGCAUGCAAAGGCGUGAUUGCCUAUAACCAAGAAGACGGUACCCUGCAUCGAUUCCGGGCUCAGAACACCGUAUUGGCGACCGGCGGUUACGGUCGAACAUACUUCAGCUGCACGUCUGCUCAUACUUGUACCGGUGACGGUAUGGCUAUGGUUGCUCGUGCAGGUCUGCCCAACCAGGAUCUCGAAUUUGUCCAGUUCCAUCCCACCGGGAUUUACGGGGCUGGUUGCUUGAUCACUGAAGGCUCUCGAGGUGAAGGUGGUUAUCUCCUGAAUUCGGAGGGUGAACGGUUUAUGGAACGAUAUGCACCCACUGCUAAGGAUUUGGCUUCUCGUGACGUGGUCUCGCGAUCAAUGACCAUGGAAAUUCGCGAAGGACGUGGUGUGGGGCCAGAAAAGGAUCACAUUUAUCUUCAACUCAGCCACCUGCCCGCUGAGAUCCUUCACGAACGACUUCCAGGUAUCUCCGAGACGGCCUCUAUCUUCUCGGGUGUCGACGUCACCAAGCAACCCAUCCCUGUUCUUCCCACUGUCCAUUACAACAUGGGUGGUAUCCCGACAAAAUACACUGGUGAAGUUCUCCGCGUCAAUGAUGCGGGCAAAGACGAAGUGGUUCCGGGGCUUUUUGCUUGCGGUGAAGCGGCGUGUGUGUCAGUCCAUGGCGCGAACCGUUUGGGUGCCAAUUCGCUCCUGGACUUGGUUGUCUUCGGACGAGCUGUCUCACACACGAUCCGCGACAACUUCUCGCCGGGCGUGCCUCAUCAAGAGAUCUCGGCUGAUGCCGGUGCCGAUUCAAUUAACGUGCUCGACAAGAUCCGAACCUCGGAGGGUCCCCGGAGCACAUAUGAAAUUCGAUCCGCCAUGCAAAAGGUCAUGCAGACUGAUGUCAGCGUCUUCCGGACUCAAGAAUCUUUGGACGAAGGUGUUCGAAAGAUCAAUCAGGUUGAUCAGAUGUUCCACGAUGUGGGCAUCAAGGACCGAAGUAUGAUCUGGAACUCGGAUCUGGUGGAAACCCUCGAGUUGAGAAACUUGUUGACUUGCGCGACCCAAACAGCUGCCUCUGCAGCUAACCGUAAAGAAUCUCGCGGUGCUCACGCCCGUGAAGACUACCCAGAUCGUGAUGAUGAAAACUGGAUGAAGCACACACUCUCAUGGCAGAAAUCGCCGCAGGGAAAGGUUGAACUUGGCUACAGAGCUGUGACGAUGCAUACAUUGGAUGAAAAUGAAUGCAAGUCUGUCCCACCAUUCAAGAGAACAUAUUAA